GAUAGCACUGCGGAUGGCACUGCUGCGGAUGGCACUGCAGACGGCACUGCUGCGGAUGGCACUGCAGACGGCACUGCAGAUAGCACUGCCGAUGACGCUGCAGCUGGCGCCCAGGACAGUAAACCUGCGAGUUUGAAAACUUCAACUAUCCAGGCAAAGCCUUCUAAGCUCAAUCGAGCUGAAAGGCGCGCGCUGUUGAGGGCGGGGAAGCAGCCUACCGAGAAAUCAGCCAAGCCUACAGAGACUCAAGAUGUACAGAAACCAAUACCACUCAUCGGUAUCAAUGAUAUUAAUUCUCUCGGAUUUGCCACACCUGAGCUUCAGAGCAAGUUCAAAGCUGUAGACCAACCAUCCACCGACAAAUCCCCACCUAAACUUCCAAAAAAGAAAUCAAAAACGCCAACAUCGAAAAAAUCGCAGAAAUCACAAAAGUCGCAGAAGUCGCAGAAGCCGGAUACGUCAGAAACGUCAGAAAUGCCACCGACCUCCAAAAAAGGCCCUCUCGCCAUCAACGUGAUCCGUGCCAAUGCUCUAACAAUGACCCCUAUUAAGGCAGAACGCCCCCCAGUUCCCGCGUUAUCAUACGGGCUCGAAAGGGUUUUGUUUAAUGCUGGCGUGUAUGCGCUCCAAGAUCCUCGAUCUCGAGUUUACAACUUUGACCCAUAUCUCUCAGAGAUCAUGCCAAUCCAAGAAUUUGAUUUUAACGCGUUGAAGCAGUAUGUGACCUCUUCUAAGGAUUCCAAUCUGAUUCGGAUUGCGAAGGAAAACGGGAAGAAAUAUACAGGUUCAACUUCAAGUAUGACAUCGAUGCUUUCUCACUUCCACUACCUCUUGUCGUCGUGGCGAAAUAUCAAUACAAGCAUGCUCUCGAGGCAGUUUGAACCAGACUCUCUUCAAUAUACAAGAAUCAUGAGGGGGCCGGCAGCAAUAUUCCUGCACUGGAAAGAUGGUACGUACGCUAUAGAUGCUGAUAAAGAAUUCGACACGGCAAACAUCCUCAGCAUGCUCGGAAAGUCCAUGGAAAAGCUCCUUACUCUUACGAAAGAGGAGUACGAGAGAUACAGGCACAUCAAUUCAGACCAGAUUACCGAGGAAGAACGGAACGCCGAAGAAGCGUUUCACUAUACCGGCUUCCGCGAUUUUAUGAUGCGCUCGCAAUUAGAUGCGCACGAUCCAAGGGUACCUGGGACUGGUAUGUUCGAUCUUAAGACCCGUGCAGUUGUCUCGAUUCGUAUGGAUGCGAAAGGUUUUCACAAAGGUCUUGGGUACGAGAUUCGCAACCGGUUUGGCCAGUGGGAGUCAUUCGAGCGAGAGUACUACGAUAUGAUUCGCUCUGCAUUCUUAAAGUACUCCCUCCAAGUCCGUAUGGGUAGGAUGGAUGGUAUAUUCGUCGCGUUUCACAACACCCAACGCAUCUUCGGAUUUCAAUAUAUCCCUCUGAGUGAGAUGGACCUCGCCUUGCACGGAACUUCCGAUACCACCCUCGGUGAUAGCGAGUAUAAGCUCAGUCUAGCGUUGCUAAAUGAUAUUCUAGACCGGGCCUCUAAGAAGUGGCCGGAGCAGUCCCUGCGGAUACACUUUGAGACAAGAACAUCGGUAGAUACGCCGUUCAUGUAUAUAUUUGCAAAACCCGUGUCUCAAAGCGAUAUCGAAGAGGUACAAAACGCCAACAAAGCAACUAUUGAAGCUUUCGAGAGGGAUUUACUUGGUUUAGUAAAAGAGGAAGCCGAGAUUGAACCGGAGCCCGUUGUGGAGAAUGACGAAGUUAUUAAGCAAGAAGAAGAGGUGGAAGAAACGUCAUUAGCCCAGGCGAUGUCGACUAUGGCUGCUUGGAAAGAAGUGCGUCAGGUGGUCGAGGAUGCUGUAGAUGAUGACGAGGUGGGCGUUGGCGCCGUAAGAGAGGCUAUCCAAGAUGCGCUAGAACAGAGUGGACUCCUCCAUGCUAAGUCCUCUGCCGAAGCACGAGGGUAUGUCGAUGCCUUGCUUGCUGCUAUUACUAAUAGCACGCCUCCUACGCCACUCGGCUCGUCUACAGAUGUGUCAGUGGAAGAAAAGAUUGAGGAAGAUGAAGACGAUUCUUCUAUUGAGGAAGCAUCCGGCGAUGACAAAUUAAUCUCUGACAAUGAACUCGAUACGAGCCAACCUCAAGUCCACGAAGAAUCUGCAGAAGUUGAAAAUACGGACAGUGAGCAAGAAGCCACCGAGCAAGCCGAGGAUGCGUUGGCACCACAAUCAGAACACGAAGUUGCACACGACGAAGAGCAUCUAAUAAUCACGGAGUCCUCGGAAAGUCAAGUAGAUAAGGCAGACGAACAUGAAGACAAUACCGUUUUAGAAGAAGAUCACGAUGCAGAAGCCCAUGUUGAGGAGCAAUCCGAUGGAUUUGUUGAGAAAGGAACAGAAGAAUCGGUGGAAACGGACAAUCAAGUACUAGAGGAAGUGGAAGAAGAUGAAGAGGAUGAGGAAACUGAUGAAACCGACGAUAUGGAUGAUGAACUGGAAACGGGUGAGUCCAAGAGAGACCUGGAUUCUACCGCCGCCAUGUCUCCAUUGAGGGAUCUCAUCAUACGAAUGGCCCAAAGGAUUGACGAAAGGCCUGCCUCAAGCGAAUCCGAGAAUAUGAUGGAUGAUUCGUCUAAAUUGAAAGAAUUUGAACGAAUUCUCGGUGAGCUUAUUUCUCGCACCGAAACUGAGCGAGUUCCUCCCCAAACAGAUGAUGCCAGUCAAUCAACUACAGGCGAGCCAAAGGCUGAAUCCGAGGCACAAUCAACCGAACCCGAAAUAGAAGAAGUCAAGGAGAAACAAGACUCAGCUAGCCAAUCAUCUUCAGGAGAAGAUCCAGAAAAGCCCGAGUCAGCGGAAGAGGUGAUAGAUGAGAACUUGUUAGGUCUGGUCCUGACAAUUAAGAACAAGGUCAACGGCCAAUAUGUGCCUAGGCCCGAGAAGUUGAAGGCGAAAGAUAAGUGGAACGUGGAGUACAACAUUGAAGAAAUCGCAAUCAAGCGAGCCAAUACAAUUUAUGACCAAUGCAAGACGAGGCGUCAAAAAGUCUUCGAGGAUACGGGCAACAAGGAGACAGAGUGGUUCAAAAUGUUCAGUGGAAAACUCUCUGAGUACACAAAUGCCGGGCGCAAGUUUAGGGCGCGGGAGUCGCAGAACGCGAAGUCACGCCCCGUCCACAUUGUAGGACAUCACAAGCCUUUACUGUGGGAAGAUGUAUUCGGGAAAAAUAAAGGGAAAGGGAAGCCGGUAGAAGAGGAUGCCGAUACGGUGUAGGAAGGGCAUGAGGAUGGGGACCGGUUCGGAAAACAAAACAUCAGGUUAUCAUCAAAGGCUACGGGAGGCAUGACUCCGGUUUAGUCAAUCGUGAUAUUUACAUCUACUCCACUGUAUAACAUCUCGCUUGCAGCGCUGUAGUAUUUACACGUCGGUUGGGAGGGGUUUUGGGCAUGAGGAUCUAGGUCAUAUGUAGAAUACUUUCGGAAUAUUCUGCUGCCUCUCGUCGUAGGCGACUUACAAUGGAACAAAAGGCUGUCUCGACUCUCUGUAAAAAGCAAAGUUCAUC